AAUCAGGUUUUUAGGGUUUCCAUUUCAUCUCUGCUGUUAUCAGCAACCGGAUCAGAGUGACAGGUUGGUGCGGCAGCAGCAGCACAAACAAAACCAGGCCCGUCAACGUGGCGAUGUAGUUCAAUGUACCAGAUCACCAUUCCUGGCCCUGAAUAAACAACGAUACUUCCCCUGCUUGUAGUUGACCCCAAGCUGGAGCUCCUUAAAUGAACAUAAAAUAUUGCUCAAAAUCCUCAUCUGAUGCCAUCACCAAACAAUAUACUAUUAUCUUCUUCCACCCCCAUCCCAUCCCCAUCACCAAACCGCUCUCGACUCUUCAACAAGCCGUGGCGUCAGUAAAUGUGGCGGAGGAGAGAGUGAAUGCGCCAUCGAGAUGUCAACGGUUGCCAGCCGAACAGAAUUAUGAGCGCAACUAAGAAAACGACAUUAGCUGGGAAAACAACAAAGAACGAAUUCCCAGAUCGAAUUAAACCAAAUCGGAUAGAUAUCAAUUAUUUUUGUCCAUUCCUUUUGUUCCUCUCUGUUCCCAUAUGGCAAACUCCUCUGUUUUCCCCUCCCUCUUCUUCUUCUUCUUCUUGGUUUCCCACAAUCCAUUUCCCGCCUUUGCUUAUUCCUUCACGGAGUUCGUCUUCCCCAACUUCACUGCCACCAACGUUCGAUUCAUCGACAACGGCGGAGCUUUCCUCUUCUCCCGCAACGGCUCCUUCAAGGCCGCCAUUUCCAACCCGGGCGGACAGCAAACCAGGUUUUACCUCUGCGUCAUCCACUCUGCCUCCGGUACCGUCAUCUGGUCAGCAAACCGCGAUGGACCCAUCUCCAAUUCUGGCACCAUGGCUUUCACCCGCGACGGAAUCUCCAUCUCUGACCACGACGGCACUCCUAAAUGGUCAAUACCCAAUGUCCCCAAAUCAUCCGCCGCAGCGUUGCAACUGACAGAGUCGGGAAAUCUCGUACUGCUCGACAAGACUAACACUUCUCUCUGGGAGAGCUUCGAUAACCCCGCCGACACACUUGUCGCCGGACAAAUUCUCAGGAAAAACGGGAAUGCUCUGUUUAGCUCCGUCUCCGGCGAAGAUUUCUCCACCGGGGAUUACCGGCUCGGGUUUUCGGACUCGGAUGUGAUUCUUGGUUGGCGAGGGCAGAGCUACUGGAAGCUGUCCAUGGAUCCGAGAGCGUACACGGAUUCCACCUACCCGGUGGAUUCCAUGGCGGUGAACGGAACGGGUUUGUUCCUUUUCGGCCGAAACGGAUCCAUUGUGGUGGCUCGGGUUGCUCUGCCACCGGCCGAAUUCCGGAUCGCCCGGCUAGUCUCCUCUGGUCAAUUCAUUGUCAGCAGCUUUUCUCACGGAGGAAUGAAAGACGAGCUCGAUGGACCCAAUAACGUCUGCCAAAUCCCCUCCAUUUGUGGGGAAAUUGGCUGGUGCUCUGUUUCCACGGGAAACAACCCAACUUGCCAAUGCCCGCCGGGUUUCCGUUCCAAAGCCAGCAAUUCGGAUUCCUUCAAUGGAUGCGUUCCGAGCGACAGUUCUUCUUCCCUUGUGGAGUCCUCUUGCAGCAACAAUGGAAGUCAGGUCAAUUCUUCGUCGCCGCCAAUUUCGUAUCUGAGCCUCGGCAAUGGUAUGGACUAUUUCGCUCUCGAUUUCUCCCAACCGAGGAAAUACGCGUUGAAUUUAUCGGCCUGUCAGGAAUUCUGCACAACAGACUGCGCUUGCUUGGGGAUUUUCUACGACAAUUCGUCCGGCUCUUGUUACACCAUAGAGAACGAUUUGGGUUCGGUUAUGUCGAGCCGUGAUCGAGAUAACGAUCAGGUUGGGUACAUCAAGACCGUGGAAUCUGCUGAUAAGAGCAGCUCGGGAGGAAACAGGGGAGCCGUCAACGAAACCCACAACAACAAACAGUUUCCAUUGGCCCUGGUUCUCUUGCCCUGCAUCGCGGUCGCCGUCGUACUGCCUGCAGGUUUCGUAUGGUGGAGAAGGUGGAAAAUCGCCGGCGAAAAGGUAAGACUAAGCCAUGCCAAUUCGUUUUCUUCGGACGAAAUGGAUGCGUUCUACAUCCCAGGGUUGCCUCAGCGAUUCGAUUACGAGGAGCUCGACGAAGCAACCGACCGGUUCAAGAUGCAGAUCGGGUCGGGCGGGUUCGGGUCGGUGUACAAGGGCGUCCUCUCGGAUAAAUCCGUGGUCGCGGUGAAGAAGAUAACCAACGUCGGGAUUCAGGGCAAGAGGGACUUCUGCACCGAAAUCGCCAUAAUCGGCAACGUCCACCACGUCAAUUUGGUGAAGCUGAGAGGGUUCUGCGCCCAAGGGAGGCAGCGGUUGCUGGUCUACGAGUACAUGAACAGAGGGUCACUGGACCGGACUCUGUUCGCGAGCUCCGGUCCGGUUCUCGAGUGGCAGGAGCGGUUCGAGAUCGCUCUGGGAACGGCUCGCGGCCUGGCGUACCUCCACACCGGGUGCGAGCACAAGAUCAUACAUUGUGACGUGAAGCCGGAGAACAUCCUGCUGCAGGAACAAUUCCAGGCCAAGAUAUCCGAUUUCGGGCUUUCGAAGCUGCUCGGGCCCGAGCAGUCGAGCCUAUUCACCACGAUGAGGGGCACUCGAGGGUACCUCGCGCCCGAAUGGCUCACGAAUUCGGCCAUUUCGGAGAAGACCGACGUCUACAGCUACGGUAUGGUGUUGUUGGAGCUUGUGAGUGGAAGGAAGAACUGUUCGAUCAAAUCCGCGAGCCCCAGCCAGGGAGGUGGGCAGUCGACGACGACAACGACGUCAUCGCAGUUUGGGGGGAUGGUUUACUUUCCUUUGGUGGCAUUGGAGAUGCACGAGCAGAGGAGGUACGUUGAUCUGGCGGAUGCUCGACUUGAAGGGCGGGUGAGGAGCGAGGAAGUAGAGAAGUUGGUUCGAGUGGCGUUGUGUUGUGUUCAUGAGGAGCCUUGUUUGCGGCCGAGUAUGGUGAGUGUUGUUGGGAUGUUGGAAGGAGGAAUUUCAUUGGGCGAACCGAGGAUGGAAUCGUUGAACUUUUUGAGGUUUUAUGGACGGAGAUUUGCUGAGGCUUCGAUCCUUGGGGAAGAAGGGAAUAAUGAGCAAAGAGAAGCUUUGUUGAAUUCACGACAAGAGUAUGGUACCUCGAAUUACUCGAGUACUAUCUCAGACCCACAGUAUAUUCCCUUGUCUUUUAUAUCUUCGCAACAGAUCUCAGGUCCAAGAUAGUACGUGUACUAAGCCUGGAGUUUUUAUGUAGUUACACUUCACCAGCUAAUAAGUUGUGAGUAUAUGUAUAGUUGUACGAUUUCGAUCGUCACUAGUUUGUGACUUAUCCGUUUCCUUUCUUGGAAUGAGAAUUUGUGAAUGUCAAUUGUUUUUUUUUUGGCAAAGUCAGAGUAUAAAUCCAAAGUCACAAGCCAGAAGAAAGUAAAGCGCUGGAGUCGACCAAUAGUCGAACUCCCGAUGAGAGGGCCUUUUGUGCCACAUGAUGGGCAACCCUAUUAAGUUGACGAGAAACAAAAUAGAAAGAAACACCGAGGAAGGAAGAUGCCAAGCUCCUAACGUCUUCCAAAAUAGCGCCACCCCGAACAUAAUGCACAUCACCUCCAAUCAUCCGACGGAUCAAGAGUUGAGAAUCCCCAUGAAAACAAACAGAAAGAAAGGAAUGAGUUAAACACCAGUGUACAGCGUCCCGUAGGGCUAAACAUUCCAUGAGAAAAAGGUCCUGAACACCCUCAUAAAAUUUCCCAAAAGCAAACAGAACAUUACCUGUCGUAUGAUAGCCGACGAAGCCAAUACUGCCUCCAUGUCCACUCUUGGUAGCACCAUCAAACCAGACAUUGAUUAAAGUUGGGGAACCUGGAGUCGUAGGUGCCUCUGUUGAUUUAUAUUUAUUGAUAGAAUAAGUACAACUUAACGUG